AUGAUUGCUAUGCAUGCUUGCCUAUCGAUUGAUGGGGAGCACGAUGGCCAUGAGGUGGUGCAAGUCUACAUCUCGCCAUCCAGCCAGAUUCGAGCGAAGGGGCUGGAUAGUUACCCGAAGACUCUUGUGGGCUUCAGAAAGACCUGGAUGCCAGCAGGUAAACGCGUGAAUUUCAAAUCACUGUUCGCAGUGAGGAACUAA